CAACAGGAAAAUCACGAAACCCCACCACACAUUUUCAAGAAAAGUUUAAGUAUUUGCUUUGUGAGAGAGAUUUGGAAGCAUUCCCAGUUGCAGGUAAGCUGAAACUUUGUUAAAAAUUGCAUCUUUUUGAGUGGUUUCGUUUGUUUUGGGAGUCAGAGUGGCACUUCCCAGAUAACCAGGAUCUCUGAUUUGAAUAUCCGUUGUGGUUUCGGCGAUUUGAUUCUGUGUGUGAUGGGUUCAGAUUCAGCCUCGUUGUUGUCAUCAAACAAUGGGGCUACCCUAAUUCCUGCAAAUGAAGAAGAAGACCCUCCCAACUCAACCGCAGGCUUGAUCUCUUUCAAUUCAAAACCCACUUCGACUGCCCUGAUUUUCACUGCUCUAAUGGCCACCACUUGCAUUGCUGUUUCUGCAGCUAUUGCUUUUGCCUUUCUGUUCUUCUCCUCUAUCAAGUCCUCAUCUUCUUCUGAUGUGGCCAGACCACUCACAAAGCUCAAGCACCCAGUUGUUCUCUUGAUUUCCUGUGAUGGGUUUAGGUUUGGGUAUCAGUACAAAACCCAGACUCCAAAUAUUGAUAGAUUGAUCAAGAAUGGGACUGAGGCUGAAUUGGGUUUAAUCCCAGUGUUCCCAACUUUAACUUUUCCCAAUCACUACUCAAUUGUGACUGGUUUAUACCCUGCUUAUCAUGGGAUUGUGAAUAAUUACUUUCUUGAUCCUAACACUGGCCAGGCUUUCAGUAUGAAAAGCCAUGAACCCAAGUGGUGGCUAGGCGAGCCGCUUUGGGAGACUGUGGUGAAUCAUGGUUUGAAAGCUUCAACUUAUUUCUGGCCCGGUUCUGAGGUACAUAAAGGUUCUUGGACUUGCCCUGAGUUUUAUUGUAAGCAGUAUGAUGGUUCUGUGCCAUUUGAGGAUAGAGUUGAUACUGUGUUGAAGUAUUUUGAUCUGCCUGAUGAUGAAAUUCCUUCGUUUAUGACGUUGUAUUUUGAAGACCCUGAUCACCAGGGUCACAAAGUAGGGCCCGAUGAUCCUCAGAUCACCGAGGCUGUUGGUAGGAUCGAUGGUUUGAUUGGGAGGUUGAUUCAAGGUUUGGAAGAACGAGGAAUUUUUGAGGAUGUUUCCAUUAUAAUGCUGGGUGAUCAUGGGAUGGUAGGCACAUGUGAUAAAAAGCUAAUCUUUUUAGAUGAUUUGGCUCCCUGGAUUAAAAUUCCCGAGGAUUGGAUCCAAUAUUAUACUCCAUUGCUUGCCAUUCGUCCACCAGCUAAUUACUCAGCUAAGGAUGUUGUUUCCAAGAUGAACGAGGGGUUAAAGUCAGCUAAUAAUGGGCAGUAUUUGAAGGUUUCUCUUAAGGAGGAGCUGCCUAGUAGGCUGCAUUAUUCUGACAGUGAUCGGAUUCCUCCGAUCAUUGGGCUAGUUGAUGAAGCGUUUAAGGUUGAGCAGACAAACACAAAAACUGCAGAAUGUGGUGGCGCACAUGGCUAUGACAACGCAUUCUUCUCGAUGAGGACCAUUUUUAUUGCACACGGACCUCAGUUUGCCAGGGGCCGCAAAAUUCCAUCUUUUGAGAAUGUUCAGAUAUACAAUUUGGUCACGACAAUACUGAACAUAGAUGGUGCAGAAAAUAAUGGGACAGUGUCGUUUCCAGAUGAAGUUCUUUUACCCAACCAGUCAUUCAAAGACUAGUUGGCCUAUUUAAGCAAGUUAGACAUGUCUGAUGUGUGUUUUCUGAAGAAGUGAAAAUCGUCAAAGAUGAACUCGUAGUAGGGUUUGUCAUGUAUGAGAAGUAACAGAAGAAAUAGUCGUUUUUAUCUGAGUCGAGGACAUAACAUCA